CCCGGGCUGGGCGAGCAGGCGUGUCGCUGGUUGAGAAUCCAUGUGGCGGGAGCUGUGGACCCUGGUAGCCCGGGCGGCACGUGGGCCUCGCAGUCCCAGACCGUGCACGCGCCAGGGCAGUGGCGCCCCGGCUCCCGGUUCCGGAGCCACUAUCUUCGCGCUGAGCUCCGGCCAAGGCCGCUGCGGCAUCGCGGUGAUCCGAACCAGCGGCCCCGCCAGCGGCCAGGCCCUCCGGAGCCUCACAGCCCCCCGGGACUUACCCCCGUCCCGCAAAGCCUGCCUGCGCCUGCUUAGCGACCCCCGCUCUGGGGAGCCUUUGGACCGCGCGCUGGUGCUUUGGUUCCCGGGUCCCCAGAGUUUCACGGGUGAGGAUUGCGCGGAGUUCCACGUGCAUGGAGGCCAGGCUGUGGUGAGUGGUGUCCUGCAGGCCCUGGGCAGUGUGCCAGGGCUGCGGCCUGCGGAGGCAGGCGAGUUCACCAGGAGGGCGUUCGCCCACGGGAAGCUGAGCCUGACCGAGGUGGAGGGGCUGGCGGAUCUGAUCCAUGCAGAAACCGAGGCACAGCGGCGACAGGCCCUGAGGCAGCUAGAUGGGGAGCUGAGCCAUCUCUGCCGCGGCUGGGCCGAGACCCUCACUAAGGCUCUGGCCCACGUGGAGGCCUAUAUCGAUUUUGGUGAGGAUGACAACCUGGAGGAGGGCGUCCUGGAUCGAGCUGACAGUGAAGUGCGGGAGCUGGAGGUGGCACUGGGUGCACAUCUUCGAGAUGCCAGGCGCGGACAGAGGCUCCGCUCAGGGGUUCAUGUAGUGGUUGCGGGACCUCCCAACGCCGGCAAGAGCAGCCUAGUGAACCUGCUCAGCCGGAAACCUGUGUCCAUCGUGUCCCCGGAGCCGGGGACCACCCGAGAUGUGCUGGAGACCCCCGUGGACCUGGCCGGGUUCCCGGCGCUGCUGAGCGACACGGCGGGGUUGUGGGAGGGCGUGGGGCCUGUGGAGCAGGAGGGCGUGCGGCGCGCCCAAAAAAGGCUGGAGCAGGCUGACCUCAUCCUGGCCGUGCUGGAUGCUUCUGACCUGGCCUCUCCGUCCAGCUGCAACUUCCUGGACACCGUUGUCAUCCCUGCAGGAGCCGGGAGCCCAAAUGGGUGCAGCCAGCGCCUCCUGCUGGUGCUGAAUAAGUCAGACCUGCUGCCAGGAGGCCCAGAUCCCAGUCCUGACCUGCCCCCUCACCUGUUGCUGUCCUGCCUGACUGGCGAGGGGCUGGAUGGCCUCCUGGAAGCGCUGAGGAAGGAGCUGGCUGCAUUGUGUGGGGAGCCAUCCACAGGCCCACCACUUCUGACACGGGCAAGGCACCAGCAUCACCUCCAGGGCUGCCUGGAUGCCCUUGGCCACUACAAGCAGGCGAAAGACUUAGCCCUGGCGGCCGAAGCACUGCGGGUCGCCCGAGGGCACCUGACCCGCAUCACCGGUGGAGGGGGCACUGAGGAGAUCCUGGAUAUCAUCUUCCGAGACUUCUGCGUGGGCAAAAAGACAAGAAGAAGCAACAAUGUGGGUCUAGAAGACAUGGGUGCCCAGAUGUCCUCUGUGUGGGCAAGGCCUGGAGGGCUCCCAGGAGGGGUGAGUAAAUGGAGGCUGAGAUUGACUGAGCCAAGAUUUGAAUGCAGGAAUGUCAGAGUCUGGAAGCCAAACUCAGGUGUCCGACGGUUGCUUGGGACUGGCUGCUGUCAGCAUCCUCCCCAGGACUCCAGGCUGCUCAGGCAGUAGGCUCAGGGUCAGGGACGUCCCUGCUUCCUUGGGGCCUCCAGACUGGCCCGUCUGGGCGGCCAGGCCUGGCUGACCCUCCUGCCCUUGCUUGGCGGGGCCCCAGCCGAGUGUUUCCUGCAGCGGCCCGUCUCUCGUCCGGGUUCCUGUAUCCAGGAAAUAUCGCUCCUUUGUCCCUCCUGACUAGCCUGCCCUAAGCGUGGCGUUGCCAGCCUCGGCUCCUCGUGAUUCAUCCCCUCCCUGUCCAAGGUCCCAGGGGAUGGGCUGGGAGGGAAUCAAAUCAAAGUGGAGAGACAGACAAGCUGAGAUUCUAGACCACAAUUUUUUGUGUGUGUGUGGUAUGCGGGCCUCUCACUGUUGUGGCCUCUCCCGUUGCGGAGCACAGGCUCCGGACACGCAGGCUCAGUGGCCAUGGCUCACGGGCCCAGCCACUCCGCGGCAUGUGGGUUCUUCCCGGACCAGGGUACGAACCCGUGUCCCCUGCAUCAGCAGGCGGACUCUCAACCACUGUGCCACCAGGGAGGCCCUAGACCACAAUUUUUAGGCCAUUUACCACCAAUGGCCAUUUGCUUUGUUUCCUGGAGUUUUCACUUCUCAGGGAUAAAGUCCCAGGAAUGGGGUUGCUGAGACAAAGGAUUUGUAUGUCUUCACUUUUCUUUUUUUGGCCACGCCACACAGCUUGCGGGAUCUUAGUUGCCCGACCAGGGAUUGAACCCGGGCCCUGGUCAGUGAAAGGGCAGAGUCCUACCCACUGGACUACCAGGGAAUUCCUGUCUUCAUUUUUAUUAAAUAUCAUCAAACUAAUUUCCAGAAGGGCCAGGAUGAGAUGUGCAUUUCUACCAGUCCCACAGGAAAAUGCCCUUUUCUCUACAUCUUCACCAGCAGUCGGUAUUACAGCUUUUUAACAUUUUUUCCCCCAGCCUGUUGGGUACGUUGUGAUUUCCCUGUGUUCCUCUAAUGUGCAAAAUUUCCCCAGCUUCCUGCUAAUUUAGUGAUUGGUGAGUUGAAGUGCUCCCUAACUGGACACUGGUGCCCUUUCUAACAUCCCAUCUUCCCACCAAAAAACCUCAAACAAAACAAAUGCCUGGGACUUUUGUGAUAUUGUUCUGGAAUCAUUUUGGCAAGGAGGAGGUCCUGCAAAACAGGCUGUGGUACCUCAGUAAUUGUUGUCUGUACCUGGGGGAAUCUCUGCAAACCUAGCAAAAACAAAAGCUACAAAUAGAUAAUCUGCUUUUUCAGAAA